AUGGGGAUAACUCAUGGUCCAGCAAUUCAAAUAAUGCAUGCAUUAAAUGACAAUCCAGGUGAAGGCUCUAGCAAAGUUUAUGGGCAUGCAUCCAGCACUGGGCUUCCUAAUGUUAAAUUUUCCAGCAGAAACAAAAAUGGAAGUGAAAUUAAAGAAAUGAGCAAAGGAGAAUUAGCUGAUGCCUACAAACCAGAAAGGUUUAAAUUAACGAAGGACAAAAAAGAAGCUGAAGAAAUUAAGCUUAAAAAGCUGGAGAGAAAAGGAGAACUUCAUGAAGAUUUCUAUUCAUUUAUGAUUAUGAAAAAAAAUCGACAUAAAAAGGACAUUGAGAAUAUAGUCAAGAACACACUGAAAGGUCUCAAUGUGCAAGCACAAGUUAUUUCUUUUCUAGUAUUUUUAAAUUCUUAUGUUAGAGAAUCCACUAUCUCUGUAACAGAAUGGAAGUAAGUACUAAAGGAAAAGAUGUAGUUCCAUCGUUAUAUUGUAGUACAAACUGAAGUGCAAGAACAAGGACGAUAUAAAGGAGUACAUAUCAGUCACUCGCUGAUUCCUGAACAGUGCCUUGAAGAAUUGAAGUAAAUAUUUAAGUUGACUAAAAGUAAGAUAACACUAUGAUUGCUGAAAGGGGACUUAUUUUAUGACAUUGGCCUAGGAACAGACAAACUUCAGCAAGAUGUACAAAGCAUGCUGCUGAGAAAACACAGAAAGGAACAUGAAACACUGAUUUCCCCAUUAAUUGAAGCAAUUCAAAGAGAAAGGAAUAAGGAAAAGAAUUCUGAUGCUCCUGAUAACUCAUUUGUUUCGGACACUCUGGGUCAAGUUUUUAAAAGCAAGAUAAAGAAUUGGCUAGAAGAAAAUAGAAAGAGAUCUACUGUAAGUGUAGAAGUUCUAAAAUAUUUGCUGAACAUUGCAAAAUGUGCUUCAGAGGCAUUUAAAGAAUUUCAACAGCAAACAAAAAAUACAGAUAGUGAAAGAUAAUACUUUCAGAAUAUAAAAUGCAAAAGAAGAUAGAACACAUCUGGGCAUGUAGGAGUAAUAGAAACUGAUCUAUGUACUACAGAAAUAAUUGAAUCAACACCUUUGUUCAAUAAAAAAGAUGCUCUCUCUAGAAGAUACAUUGUAUAAUUUUUAUCAGGAAACUGGAGCAUCCUAAAAGCAAAAAAUGAUGCACAUAAUGAAGAAUACAGUUUAGUAUCUGAACAUUAUGUUAAUUAUGUAACAUGGCCAAAAGAAAAAUCAUUCCUCCAUGAUAGCCCUCCAUAUCCCAUCCUCCCAGCUUAUAUUUCUCUUCAGAUGGGAAGAAAAGUAAAAUCACUGGCUCUGGAAUAG